UUGCCAUCACUUGUUGCUCCAAUUUAUAAAUGAUGUAGCAUUUGAUAGUCAGUGGGAUAACUUGCGUUUAUCUACGAGCUAACGUUAACUUUUAAAGUAGCAGAACCAUGUAACAUUGACGUUAGUGUGCUAACCCUGGCUAGGUCUCUGGAUUUAUUCAUGCAACGUUAUAGUUAACGUUGCAUAUGCUAGCGAACAUUAGCUUAUCACUUGUCUGUCAAGAAUGUGUAUUGGUUAACGUUGGUUAUUUUACGUAAUUACUCAGGCUGUCUUGUCUGAAUUUAACGAGAGACCUAGCUAGUAAGGUGAAAAGUUCCUGAAGUUGACGUUAGCUACUUUGAUCGUUUAACAGUUAUGUUACAGUAAAGUACAUAUUGUUUCCCAGCGACCUGUUAGCUUGCUAUCCUAGCUGUAUACGUAGGGAGAUAGAAGUGACUGGUUGAAAGUUAAACCUUAGGUGAAGUGAAUGUAGAUACAUUUGUGAUUUUCAGUGAGACACUGCACAAUCACAGAGGAGUUACCUACGUAAAUGAAACAAACGGCAACAUAAUAAUGGAAAUGGACCAAAAUCCCUACUUGGAAGUUGGAGUGGCACUGUAUUAGACCACCAAGGAUAUCACAUCGUUUUCUUUGCGGAAGACUUUGUUUGUUGACUGGAACCUCUUGUAAAUGUAAACAAGAAACAGCAACAAGAAACCGAUAGCUAACAACUAGCAAGGAGGCCACAAUGGACAUCUAUCCCCGACCCAGUGGCGAGAUACAGCGCAGAAAUCCACAGCACGACUUUGAGCUGAUUCAGCGCGUCGGCAGUGGGACAUACGGAGAUGUGUACAAGGCUCGCAACAUUCAGACUGGAGAGCUCGCUGCUGUCAAGAUCAUCAAACUAGAGCCAGGAGACGACUUUUCCAUCAUCCAACAGGAGAUUUUCAUGGUGAAGGAAUGCACUCAUCAAAAUAUAGUGGCCUACUUUGGCAGCUACCUCAGCCGAGAGAAGUUGUGGAUCUGCAUGGAGUACUGUGGAGGAGGAUCGUUACAGGACAUUUACAAUGUGACUGGCCCCCUUUCAGAACUCCAGAUAGCAUAUGUCUGCAGAGAGACCAUACAGGGCCUGGGCUAUCUCCACAGCAAAGGCAAGAUGCACAGAGACAUUAAGGGUGCUAAUAUUCUGCUAACAGACCAUGGCGAUGUCAAACUGGCUGACUUUGGAGUUGCUGCCAAAAUAACAGCAACCAUUGCCAAAAGGAAGUCUUUUAUUGGCACGCCGUACUGGAUGGCUCCGGAGGUUGCAGCGGUGGAGAAGAACGGGGGCUAUAACCAGCUGUGUGAUAUCUGGGCAGUGGGCAUCACCUCCAUAGAGCUGGCGGAGCUUCAGCCUCCCAUGUUUGAGCUGCACCCUAUGAGGGCUUUGUUCUUAAUGUCGAAGAGCAGUUUCCAACCUCCGAAGUUAAAAGACAAGAGCAAGUGGUCAAGCACCUUUAAUAACUUUGUGAAAGUGUCCCUCACCAAGAAUCCUAAGAAGAGGCCCACAGCAGAGAAGUUACUCUCACACCUGUUUGUAGCACAGUUAGGCCUGACACGGAACCUGGCAGUGGAGCUGCUGGAUAAGAUGAACAACCCCGACAUCCACCCUCAGUACUGCGAGGCAGAGGAUGAUGACCUAGAGCUCCACCCUGUGGGAAGGCACACAAUCCGCUCCACCAAUAAGAACGCUCGGGCAGAGAGAACUCGCUCCGAGAUCAACUCCAAUGGGAUACACUCAGGAAGGACACAAAGCCCUCAAAGAGCAGAGAACGGUGAGGGCUCAGUCGACAAAGUGCAGUUUGAGCCACCGCUACGGAAGGAGACUGAAGCCCACACAGAGAUGGACGUCAACCGGGACAAUGACUUCCCCUCCCCAUGGAGUCCGUUCGCCGAGGGCAUCACCCACAGGGGUCACAUCACUCACCUGGAGGAUGCCUUCGAGGAUGUGGAGCUCAGCAACACACUUAAACAAGGACCUCCUCCACCAUUGCCCCCAAAGCCGCGCUUGAACAGUUCCUCUGAUGAGCUGGGUCUGAGCGACGGCCUCCUGACGGUGCGCCGCUUCCCCAACCCCGACAACGGCCCCGCCCCGGUCCCGCGCCGACAGAGCACCCCAGAGCGAGGCAGCCUAUCAGAGCACAGCCCCCCUGACAACCUCUCCGCUUCAGUCAGCAGCCCAGGCGGCCUGCUCUCAUACACCUCAGAGCAUGCUCCUCCCCUCGUAAAAAACAAAGAUGAGGACUCGGACAGCAGUCUAAAUGGUGACAGCACCAAGGCUCCCCCUGGUCGACCACAGAGGAAAGAAAGAAAGGAGUAUCCUAAAUCAGCCAUCAAUGGCCUCCCACCUACGCCUAAAGUCCUGAUGGGAGCAUGCUUUUCAAAAGUAUUUGAUGGCUGUCCUUUAAAAAUCAACUGUGCCACAUCAUGGAUUCACCCUGAUACAAAAGACCAGUAUUUGAUCUUCGGUACAGAGGACGGGAUCUACACACUCAAUCUGAAUGAGCUGCAUGAAGCUACUAUGGAGCAGCUCUUUCCCCGAAGGUGCACCUGGCUCUACAUCAUCAACAAUAACCUGAUGUCCCUGUCAGAAGGGAAGACCUCCUUCCAGCUCUACUCCCACAAUCUGAUUGGUCUUUUCGCGCUGCAGCGGAAGCCGGGAUUGGCUUCUCAGUUCCAGACGCAUCGUUUUCCCGACAGGAUCUUACCUAGGCGGUUUGCCCUCACCACUAAGAUUCCAGACACCAAGGGCUGCCACAAGUGCUGCAUUGUGAGGAACCCGUACACAGGGCACAAGUAUCUGUGUGGAGCAUUGCAGUCUGGGAUUGUGCUGCUUCAGUGGUACGAGCCUAUGCAGAAGUUCAUGCUCAUAAAGCACUUUGACUUCCCGCUGCCGAGCCCGCUGAAGGUGUUUGAGAUGCUGGUGGUGCCCGAGCAGGAGUACCCCAUGGUGUGCGUGGCCAUCAGCCAGGGCAGCGAGCCGGGGCAGGUGGUGCGCUUCGAGACCAUCAACCUCAACUCCUGCUCCUCCUGGUUCACCGAGAUGGGCUCAGGUGGCCAUCAGGUGGAUGCUAUUCAUGUUACUCAGUUGGAGAGGGACACUGUGCUGGUGUGCCUUGACAAGAAUCUGAAGAUAGUGAAUCUGCAGGGCAAACUCAAGUCCAACAAGAAGCUUGCAUCAGAACUCAGCUUUGACUUCUGCAUCGGCUCCGUGGUGUGCCUUCAGGACAGUGUCCUGGCCUUCUGGAAACAUGGAAUGCAGGGGAAGAGCUUCAAAUCUAAUGAGGUCACACAGGAGAUCUCUGACCCCAGCAGGGUUUUCCGACUCCUGGGAUCAGACAGGGUGGUGGUGUUGGAGAGUCGCCCCACUGAUAACCCCACAGCCUACAGCAACCUCUACAUAUUGGCCGGCCACGAGAACAGCUACUAACCCCACACACAUACACACACACACACACACACACACACACACCCCUGUGCACAGACUUGCACACCAGCUAGAGCUACAGCACCAGCGCUAUCCCCCACUAUCAAUGGGUACAACUGUGAGUGUGCACUCGCACACACAAACACAAACACACACACACACACAUCCUGAUCUGGUCUGCUGCCCAUGGAGGCCCAAGUCCCUCGGUUCACGAUGCACCACAGGUGAAAAUGAGGGUGGCUUGAUCUGCAACAGGCCCGGCUGGAGACCUGUAUGACGGCCUAGAGAAAAGGUCACGACCUCUGAGCUCUCCAGGCCCGGGCCUAGAGCUGCCAGACACUCGGGGCACUGAAGUCCGUGAUUCGAAAGCAGAUGUGUUAUGGACAGCAGAUCUCUCGCUCUUUCUGUCUAUUUUUAUCACAUACACUGUCAAACACACACACACACACACACACACACACACACACACACACACACACACACACACACACACACACACAUAUACAUACAUUCUCUCUUUCCUUCUCUGAAACAUAUCACUAUGAGCUACAGUAAUAGACUGCAGUGUUAUUGAUCUAUGAAGUGCCAUAUCAGUGGGAAUGGUCAGUUUCUCACACAUGCAAUAAUUAUAACCAAGUGUUUGGUUAAUGGGAGUCACACAGCAUGUCUAACAGAAGUGUGGUUUUGACUUGGGAGUGUUUUUUUUUUUUUUUUUAGCCUGUUAGCAGGAGGCUAACUUUUAACUUUCCUUCUCUAUGGGAGUUUUAAUGCCGUAGAUGUGGAAGGACUGAGUCUGGGAUUUAAAGAGAAAAAAAAGAAGGAAAGAAAGCAAAGGAACUUCUCGGUCAGUUUAUCAUUUUUUUGAGGAUUGACUAUUUAAACGUGUUAUUUAUUAACGUAGGAUUUGGGAGGGUGGGGGGUUGGACUUGAAGGAAGAAGAAGAAAAAAAUAUGGGAUAGUAACUAUGUUAACCAGAGACUAGUGUCACCAUGACAACAGGCAAGGUCAAAAGCAAGGUUUUUUUUUUUGUUUGUUUGGUUUUUUUUCAGCUUUGUAAUAUAGUGGAUUUUCUUCCUGCUCCUAUCAGUUUAUUUUUAGGAAUUUGAUUAUAAUGUAAAGUGGUAUUCUUUUUAUGAUCCGUUGUUGCUUUUACUCAGAUAUUUGCACCAUGUAAGCACUUUUGUACAUUAAUGUUGUUUUCUUUUUUAUUUAAACUUUGACAGAACGUGGGGAUCGCUACGUUUUAAUGACUUCGCUGGGAUUUUUCCUAGCAAAACGUUUAAUGUAUGCAGUUUUUUGUAAUAAAAAAAAGCUAUUGUUAACAUUAAAA